AUGCCCAAACUGGACCUGGUAGAAGAAGAACCACCAACUGGAUAUGUUCAUCUAGAAAAACUUCUUCCAGUGAUGACAAAAGUAUUACUGGACAGAAGCUACAGGCCUAUUCCAGAAGAUGUUCUUCUACAUGCGUUUGAGGCUUUAGAUGAGAAUAAAAGUGGAUACAUUACUAAAGAGGAUCUGGUGAAACAUAUGACUGAAGAAGGUGAACCGUUUACUGAGGAAGAAAUGGAAGAGAUGCUCUCCAGUGCUCUAGAUCCAGAAACAAAUGCAGUUCAUUACAGAGACUACAUUCCAAUGAUGAUAGUAGAUGAAACUGAUAAUCUUCCACAGUAGACUCUGAGGUGCCUUUUGGUAACAGCAAUGUAGCUUAGCAGUUGGUUGAAAUUCCAAGUAUAACAAAACACAGUGUGUGACCUUGUGCUUAUAAUUAAAUUCAAAUCUGUGUAGUUAUAUUUCCUUGGAGUCUGUCUAUAUAUUCAAAUCUAUUCACACUUGGAAAAGGAGUUCUUGACAGAAAUAGUAUGUAAGAUCUGGAAAAGAAAUCAUGGAAUUUGGUUUGAAAAAUAACAGAAAAAUAAUGGAGUCCAGAAAUGACUUUGCAAUUGCUGCUGCAAAAGUGAUGGAAAAGUGAGACUGGAAAAACAGAUGAUAAGUAGGUGAGUAUUUUAAUUCAACUUGAAUAGUGAGGGCAUGCUACUAUGAUAAAGCUUUUGUAUUUAAAUGCAAUCCCUGUUUGUGUUUAACAAAUGAGGCAUUGAUUGCUACAUUUGAAAUAUUACAGGCAAAUUAAAUUUUCUGCAGUUUGUAGGUCUUACCAAAUGCACUUGCAUUUUGUUCACCAUAGGCAAUUAAACUGGACCAGUUAGUC